AUGUACAUCCACUUCCUGCUGACUCAGAUCAACAUGAAGAAUCAGAAGUAUUAUGAGAGAGAUCCAGAGAAACUCCUGAAGUCCAGCAGAGAUGUGAUUGUGAAACUUUCUGAACUGGCUUUCAAACAGCUGAUGAAGGGCAAUGUGAUGUUCUACGAGGAGGACCUGAUUGAAAGCGGCAUAGACGUCACUGACGCCUCAGUGUAUUCUGGGAUUUGCACAGAGAUCUUUAAGGAGGAAUCUGUGAUCCAUCAGAAGAAAGUCUACUGCUUCAUUCAUCUGAGCUUUCAGGAGUUUCUAGCAGCUUUCUUUUUGUUUCACUCCCAUGUAGUCAAGAAUGAGGAAUCAGUGAAGUCGUUUCUGAAUGACGAAUAUCAGCGGUACAGUCAGGAAAACUCAUAUGAGCUACUAAAAUCAGCAAUUAAUAAAUCCUUAAAGAGUAAAAAUGGACACCUAGAUAUUUUCUUGCGGUUCCUGCUGGGCGUCUCACUGGAGUCCAAUCAGAGACUCUUACAGGAUCUGCUGACACACACAGUGAACAGCUCAGAGACAAUCAAGAGAAUCAUACAGUACAUUAAAGACAAACUCAAGGCUGAUGAAUGUCUCUCAGCUGACAGAUGCAUCAAUCUGUUCCUCUGUCUGCUGGAAAUAAAAGAUCAGGCUCUGUACAGAAAGAUUCAGGAGUUUGUGAAAUCAGAGAAUCACUCAGUGGAGAAACUCUCUCCGUCUCACUGCUCAACAAUUGCCUACAUGCUUCAGAUAUCAGAGGAGGUGCUGGAUGAGUUUGAUCUGAAGAGAUACAACACAUCAGAUGAGGGUAGAAGGAGACUGAUACCAGCUGUGGUGAACUGCAGAAAAGCUCUGUUUGCUGACUGUAAUCUCACUGAUCAGUGCUGUGAAAGUUUGUCUUCAUCUCUACAAUCAUCAAACUCACUGAGAGAGCUGGACCUGAGUAAUAAUGACCUGCAGGAUUCAGGAGUGAAGCUUCUGUCUGAUGGACUGAAGAGUUCACACUGUCAACUCAACAUACUGAGAUUAUCUGGAUGUAUGGUGACAGAGGAAGGCUGCUGUUUUCUGGCUUCAGCUCUGAGUUCAAACCCCUCACACCUGAGAGAGCUGGAUCUGAGUUACAAUCACCCAGGACAAUCAUUAGUCAAGCUGCUCUCUGAUCCAAACUACCGACUGGACAAACUCAAUGUGGAUCACGGAGGAGAGAUCAGAAUUAUAACAGGACCACAAAAAUAUGCAUGUGAUCUCACACUGGAUUUAAACACAGCAAACACUUAUCUGUCUCUGUCUGAGAGGAACAGAAAAGUGACACAUGUGAGAGAGAAGCAGCCGUAUCCUGAUCAUCCAGACAGAUUUGAUGAGUGUUAUCAAGUUCUAUGUGGAAAGAGUCUGUCUGGACGCUGUUACUGGGAGGCUGAAUGGAGUGGGAACGUUUAUAUAUCAGUGACAUGUAAAGGAAUCAGCAGGAAAGGAGAGAGUGAUGACUGUUUGCUUGGAUACAAUGAAAAGUCCUGGAGUUUGAACUGUUUUAAUAACAGUUUCUCUGUGAGACACAGUAAUAAGAUCACAGAAAUAUCUGUCCCUUCACAUCGCCCUAAGAAAGUAGGAGUGUAUCUGGACUGGUCAGCCGGCACUCUGUCCUUUUACAGUGUCUCUGACACACACACACUCACACGCUUACACACAUUCAACACCACAUCCACUGAACCCCUCUAUGCUGGAUUUGGGGUUUAUUCUGGUAGUUCAGUGUCUCUGUGUGAGAUUAAACAGCCUUUCAUGAGAAACAAGUGAGACACAGUUAAGUGGAAGAAACUCAUUCACAUUAUCUCUCUUGAACUCAACAACUGUAAACUCUUUCUCUCUUCUAAUCUUAAUUUCAGUGUGUGUGUGUAUAAAAACACGUUGACUUCAGUCUGAAUGUGACACACCACAGACUUGUUUUGUGUUUUUAUAAAGGCAUCCGAAUAUGACCC